AUGCACUGCUCCUGGAUGUGGACAGACCAGACACCCACACCGACACGCUUUUUAAAGAACUGCGAGGAGGUCGGACUCUUUAACGAGCUAACAAGCCCCUUCGAUCACGACUUCAAAAAAGGGACUGAAGAUGACAUAAAAAAGUUACCACUGGAUUUGUCACCACUGGCCACGCCUGUCAUACGCAACAAAACUGAAGAACCCGCUGCCUUGGAGGCCCAUCGAGGUAGCCCUCUUCCUCACCCGGAGUCCACGACGAACGACGACAAGGACAUAUCUUUGCAGCCAACCUCACUGCCAACAUCCACUAUAGUCCAUCCUGCAUCCCUCCAAGUUCCCAAUGUACUCCUAGCAACCUCAGAGGCUAAUGUUGUUAUACAGCAAGCGCUCCCAUCGCCAACAUCUAGCUCUGUUAUAACCCAGGUCCCAUCUACUAGUAGGCCUAUAGUGCCAGUGUCUGGCACCUUCCCGGUGCUCUUACAGCUGCCUAACGGCCAGACCAUGCCCGUCGCCAUUCCAGCAUCCAUUACCAGUUCCAAUGUACAUAUUCCCUCUACAAUCCCGCUUGUCAGACCUGUCACCGUAGUGCCUAACGUCCCUGGCAUCCCCGGACCCCCCUCGCCACAGCCAGAGCCUGCCCAGUCAGAGGUAAAACUGAAACCAAAAGGCUCGCUAAGCCAGGAGCUUCCGCCACUAACCAAUGGUGAUGGCAGUGAGGUCCAGAGCAGCGCCAUAACGCACACUGCUGCUCCUGAACCCUCUGCACAUUCCCUGCAGCAGCCAGCCACCUCCACGACAGAGACACCUGCUUCCCCGGUGCCCCUUGCAACAAACCCUCCAAGCACAGGCGGACGGCGGCGCAGGACCACAAGUGACGACCCAGAUGAGAAGCGCCGUAAGUUUCUGGAGCGCAACAGGGCUGCGGCCUCACGCUGCAGACAGAAGAGGAAAGUAUGGGUGCAGUCCUUGGAGAAGAAGGCGGACGAUCUCCACUCUAUAAAUGGACAGCUUCAGAGUGAAGUCACCCUGCUGAGAAGCGAAGUGGCUCAGCUGAAGCAGCUCCUUCUGGCUCAUAAAGAUUGUCCUGUAACCGCCAUGCAGAAGAAGUCUGGCUAUCACAGUGAGUAA